UAACAAUCAUUUUUUCAACAAACUGUGCGUGUGUAUGUGUGGUCAAUUAGAAGACCAAGUGAUUGCAACACUUGACCUUUAACAUCCGCUUCGUCUCACCCCCGCAUUGUCGAGAUGGAUUGCGGAACGGCGAAUCCCCUUCUCAAGGAAGAUGUUAUAGCAAAACGACGAACCUUAUAAAAGGGGACGUAUUUCGGGACUGCCUAGUAGCUUGCGGAUUUGCUCACUACACUUUCUGCCCUGAUCAAAGCAAAGAUCAAUCACCAAGAUGAAGUCACCCUCAUUGCUCCUAGCGGCCCUAAUCGCAGGUGCCUCGGCGACAAUCUACUAUGCUGGCGUUGCUGAAUCUGGCGGUGAGUUCGGGGCCUACGGAACUCCAGGCACCGGUAUCCCAGGCACAUUUGGGAGAGAAUACCAGUUCAUUAGCGAAGCCGGCGUAGACACACACGUGGACCAGAACCACCUUAACCUCUUCCGCAUCGCGUUCCUGCUCGAGCGCAUGUGUCCUCCCUCGACAGGGCUCGGCGCGACUUUCGACGAGACACAUUUCCAGCACUUCAAGGACGCCGUGGACUACGUCACCAUCACGAAGGGCGCGUACGCCAUCCUCGACCCGCACAACUACAUGCGGUACAACGACCCGAGCGCACAGCCCUUCAGCGGCAGCGUGAUCGGGAAUACCUCUGACAGCACCGCGGCAACGACGGCGCAAUUCGGCGAGUUCUGGGGCGAGCUCGCUGCGCGCUUCAAGGAUAACGAGAAGGUCAUCUUCGGCCUUAUGAACGAGCCGCACGAUAUGGCGACGCAGCUCGUGCUAGAGAAUAACCAGGCCGCGAUCGACGCGAUUCGCGCUGCGGGAGCGGAUAAUCUGAUCAUUAUGCCUGGGAACAGCUGGACGGGAGGACAUGCGUGGACCGAGGGCAGCGAUCCGAGCAGUGCGCUCAUGAACAAAUUCGUCGACCCGGCGAAUAACACUGCGAUCGAUAUCCAUGAGUAUCUUGAUGUGGAUUUCAGCGGGGGUCAUGCCCAGUGCGUCAGCGAUGCGGCUACGCAUCUUGCGGAAAUGACCGAGUGGUUGAAGGCCAACAACCUGAAAGCUUUCAUCACUGAAUUCGGCGGCGCUAAUAACACCGGCUGCGCCACGAUGCUAGAAGACAUGCUGAAUUACAUGUCGGAGAACGAGGAGUACAUCGGCUGGACAGCAUGGGCGGCCGGACCGUUCUGGGGCAGCAAUAGUCCAUGCUGCACGGACUCGGUGCAACUCGGAAGUUUCGAACCCGGUAGCAAGGCGUUCGACGGUUCCCCGGGCUUGUACGAUACCGUUUGGCUGCCCGUUUUCCAACCGCUUGUGCCGGAGAAGCUGCAGUGGAGCGGCCCGGCGUCUGUUAAUGGAGGCGAAUUGAGCAUGUUUGAAGAGCGUGCGGAAUAAUGAAGGCGGCUUUGAGCUAGCGAUAUACGGUCAGAGGAAGAGGCAUCAAAAAGUAUGCAGUGUUAUCCAUGUCACGACACCGCAGAUUAUGCACAAAACCACCAUUCCUUCGCAA